AAGAGUGUCAAACUGUCAAUGUACGUCAACACAAAAAUAAUGUAAAUAAAUUAGUUCUAUUUAUCUUAGAUAAAUUAAAUUUAGUCGAAUUAUGGUAGAUACGUUCGAAACGAACCGACAAUUAAACCGUUAAAUGACACAAAACAAACUAGUCGAGUCUGUAAUGGACCUGCACACGAAGCAGCGCCAGUUCUCCGGCCAACUGUACAAGUACACGAACGUGAUGAAGGGCUGGCAGUACCGCUACUUCCUGGUGGACGCCAACGCCGGCCUGUUGCACUACUAUCUCUGCGAGGGCGAGAAGCCCGACGGCGCCGUCCCACGGGGCUCCGUCCACCUGGCGGGCGCCGUCAUCUGCCCCAGCGAGGAGGACUCCAAGACCUUCACGGUGAACUGCGCCUCGGGCGACAUGCUCAAACUGCGGGCCUCCGAUGCUCGGGCCCGACAAGAAUGGGUUAACGGAUUGAGGGCUGUGGCCGAAUCGCAUACGAAGGCGAUCAGCGCGAAUUGUCCACCGCUACCUCCUAGAGAACACCUGGCCGUUUUGGACGCCCUCGGGUGCGCCAGGGCUCAAUUGCAGCUCACCGAACAAGCGGAUUCGGCUCUGUGUAGAUCGAUCGAAUCGGCCGGUAGUAAAUAUUUCAUCGAUCAGAACAUGUUGCUGUUGAAGGCGACGUCGGCGGCGUCGCUGCAUUGCCUGACGCAGUGCUUGAACAUCCUGCAGAGGAACCAGCACGCCCAGCAGGCUCGCACAGGGAGAAUGUAUCAGUUAUUGUUGAAUUUCCCUGGUAGGAGAGUUAGAAAAAUGAAAUUUCAAAAGUGGAAUAGUUUGUGAGCGACAUUUGCAGCCGUUUCGAUUCGAGAGCCGGACUAUAUACGGAUUGAAAAAAAAACGAGCCUGCAAUUUUUGUAUAUAUACCUACAAUUAACCAAAUAAACGUUAAAAUUUCGUAAACUUGUAGUUUUGUUUGGAAUAUAUAUUUACUCUUCCCUUCCUACGAGGGUAGGGUGAAAAGUUCUCAGCCUGAAUCAUUUAGAACGCUCCCGAAUCACUUUCCACCUCACCCUUGUAUAGGUACAAUUGAACAGUAUCGGAUGCGCACAAAAAGAAGCCAUAACUCAACUUAUCUUUAUAUAUAAUUCCAAAUAAACGUUUACAAAAAAAAUCCUCUUUUCGUGUAGUCAUUUAAUAUGUAAUUUAUUAAUAAUUUAACGCAACAUCGAUCCGCAGUUUGAUUAAUACUCGUCCGCCUCGCCUUCUCCUUCGCUUUCUUCAGGCGGAGCAAAUCCUUCCUAAAAACAAAUCGCAUUCGAUUAAUAAAAAUAUACUUACAAAUAAUAAAAAUAUAUACAACCUCUGUAGCAUAAAGAAUAUCCAAGAUUUUUUGCAUCAAAUCCUCUUUGCUCGUCUGCUCCUCCCCGGAAUCCUGACACACCACUUCGAUAUCUCUCAAUUUCCCGAAGUAAAAGUCCCUUUCUUUUUCCAGUCCUUCCACA